GCAUUUGCGUGGCGCCUCUGAUCGGUCCAGUGCCGAUCUGAUUCAUGGAUUGCUAUCACGACACGCAUCGGAAUGGAGUAAUAGCACAAAUAUAGGAAAAAUGCGAGGGACCAGUACUUAGUUGUUGAUAUUCUUGGGCGUGGAACAGAGGCACCAUUAAUUUAGGGUGACGACGCCCUUCCUCAAGCGAAACCAUGUCUGCGUCCGUAACAAAAAAGUUUCACAAGUUGGAUAUAAACCGAACGGAAUGGGAGAUACCGGAUAUAUAUCAGGAUCUGCAGCCCGUGGGAUCGGGUGCUUACGGUCAGGUGUCGAAGGCACUUGUUCGUGGCACCACCAUGCAUGUGGCCAUUAAAAAGCUAGCAAGGCCCUUUCAAUCCGCCGUCCAUGCAAAGAGGACGUAUCGGGAGCUUCGACUGUUAAAGCACAUGGAUCAUGAGAACGUAAUUGGUCUGCUGGACAUAUUCCAUCCACAUGCCGCUAAUGCAUCGCUGGAGAACUUCCAACAGGUGUACUUGGUUACCCACUUGAUGGACGCAGAUCUGAACAACAUUAUACGGAUGCAGCACCUGUCCGAUGACCACGUCCAGUUUUUGGUCUACCAGAUACUUCGUGGCUUGAAGUAUAUCCACAGCGCGGGAGUGAUCCACCGAGAUCUUAAACCCUCCAACAUUGCCGUCAACGAAGAUUGCGAGCUGCGCAUUCUGGAUUUCGGGCUGGCACGUCCAACGGAGAACGAGAUGACGGGUUAUGUGGCCACGCGUUGGUAUCGCGCUCCUGAAAUAAUGCUCAAUUGGAUGCACUACGACCAGACGGUGGACAUCUGGUCGGUGGGGUGCAUCAUGGCCGAACUAAUUACCCGACGCACUCUCUUCCCAGGCACCGAUCAUAUCCACCAGUUGAACCUGAUUAUGGAGAUGUUGGGCACGCCACCCGCCGACUUUUUAAAGAAGAUCUCAUCGGAAAGUGCACGUUCCUACAUCCAGUCACUUCCGCCCAUGAAGGGGCGCAGUUUCAAAAAUGUUUUUAAGAACGCCAAUCCGCUGGCCAUCGAUUUGCUGGAGAAGAUGCUGGAGUUGGAUGCCGAGAAGCGGAUCACAGCCGAGGAGGCUCUUGCCCAUCCCUAUCUGGAGAAGUAUGCAGAGCCCAGCGGGGAGCAGACCUCACCACCAUACGAUCACAGCUUUGAGGAUAUGGAUUUGCCCGUGGACAAGUGGAAGGAGCUGAUCUACAAGGAGGUCACCAACUUUAAGCCUCCACCAUCGUUUGCUCAGGUUCUAAAGGAUGUCAAGUAAACGCAGACAAUCAAGAAUUUAAAGUAUUACUUAGGCCAAAUUUAUUUGUUAUAAAUUACAAGGAAUCAAGUUCAAAUCCAUUUUUAGUAUUAACGUUUUAAUUUUGUUUUGUGCUUUGUUUUACAGAUUUGUUAUGUCUUGUCAAGAAUACUAUACUGUAUAUUUUACAAUAUAUUUGUUUUAUAAAAAUACCA